CCGGUUCUCUACCAGCACAACUACGCGCGCGGAUGAGCGAUAGACAACAUGAAGACUCUCAUAUUUCUGCUUCUAGUCACCUUGCUGGUGGCGGUCGUGUGCCAUCCUGAUCGCAGACGUGGACACGGUAACUUUGAAAACUUCUUUGAGCGCUUCUGCCCCUUGGGUAGGCCGGCCCGAGCCUGCACGAGGGCUGGAGGUACGGUAGUCUGCGAUGACACAUGGCAAGACGGCAGUUGCGAGUGCGUGCCAGCACUAGAUGCCGUUGGCUGGAAGAUCAAUACGCGCGGCUGCACAUGCUCCAGCAGCAGCGCAGGCGACGACUCUAUACUCGACCUGCCGACCAACCUCUGCUUCGACAUCAACCGCAACGAUGGAGGCGACGGUAUCAACCUCUGCAACUGUACACUCAGAGAAGACGGCAUCGCCACUGGCUACCAGUUCGAAUACAUAUUCUGCGGCGAUGAGUGCUAGAAGCGGCAUAUAUCACGUAUGACGAUCUCUCGCGGCCUCAGUGAGCGGCCCUUAAAUAAACUCUCUCUCAUUUUGUAUGGAGUAUAUUUUUAGUAAAGAUUUCGCGACCGUUCUUUCGCAUCAGUGAACCCUCGAAUGAAUUAUCGUGCCUUUUUAUGAGGCGUAAAUCUUUGUAAACGAAAUGAUUUAGCAGCAGUCUUUCGGCGCGAAUGCGUAUUUAAAGCUGGAUUUACUCUAUAUAGACUUUCGAACUUAAAGACUCACACGUCGACAGGGUAACCAGCUUAAAGCCGGGACCAGCUUCUAUAGGUCACUCUAUAAAUGUGACUGAUGUUCACGGAAGGCACGUAUAAUGAGUUUCUACGACACGAUAAAGCUUGUGUGAAGCUAACGCUAUUAUGCGCCACCGUAUUAACCGCGUCACGUCUCAGAGAAACGUAGCUAUUACGUUUUACUAUUACUGUCAAAACAUUGGAGGUAUAUACAAACAGAAAAUUUGUUUAAUCAUGAUCGGUAGCGCCCCUCUUUAUCCGUACUUAAAACGCUACUAGUAAAUUAUCUUGGUAGUUAGUAUAUGUUUUCGAUGAUGUUCACAUCGUCAAUUGCACAUGUGUGACAAAACGUUUACCUGGUGUAUAGUAUUAUGUGUUGUAGCGACAUUUUAUCAAUAAAUAAGAAAAUCCAAAAUGCA